CUUGAGAUUGACAUCACUUCAGGUGGCAUUUCAGAAACGAGACGGCUGUCUGGAGGCGACCUAUGCGCUGCACUCCCUGUUGCGUACUGUGCAUGGUCAGGUCGCUAAUGCUGCGGUUGCAUUCUUGGAUGUAGCUAAGGCGUUUGAUACGGUCUCUCAUGAUACAGUGCUUCGGGUGGCGCAGUUGCAUGGAGCCCCAGCGCCAAUGCUUAGCUAUCUCAGGAAGUUGUACGUUGAGUCAGAGGUGUUGCUAGAGGGUGAGAGGAUUCGGUGUGGUAGGGGUGUAAGGCAGGGAGAUCCCCUGUCUCCACUUCUUUUUAUUAUGGUGAUGGACGAGGUGCUCUCGGGUUCAGGCAUUGGGCUUGGGGAGUCUGCAGCGGUGGGCAAACCGGUUGGGGCGCUUGCUUAUGCGGAUGAUCUGGUCUUAGUCACCGAUACUGCUGCUGAUUUGCACGCUAGGCUGAAAGUUCUAGAAAUGGGGCUGGAGGCCUCUGGUAUGCUGUUGAAUACGUCUAAGUGCAGAACGUUGACCAUCAGGAAGUUGGGCAAGCAGAAGGUGACGGUGCUUGAACCUAGGGAGUACCAAGUGGGGGGUGGGGUAAUUCCAGCUAUGACGGUCGACGAAGAGGUGCGCUACUUAGGUCUCCCUUUCAGUUGGAAGGGUAGGUCUUCGCUUAAAAGUACGCGUAGGUUGGAGGGUAUGAUUUCCGAGAUUAGCAAGGCACCACUGAAGCCCCAGCAGCGGCUGAGAAUCCUCUGUGACUUUGCGUUGACUAAACUUCAAUACGAGCUGAUCGUGGGCAAUGCCCAUCGUAAUACGCUUAAGAAGCUCGACAGGAUGGUGAGGGAGGCGAUCCGAAGAUGGCUGCGGUUGCCCAAGGAUGUAUCCUUGGCCUUCCUAUAUGUGGGCUCGGCCGAAGGCGGGUUAGGUGUACCGAACCUUGGUAUCACGGUGCCCCUGGCACAGAGAGCUAAGUUCAGUAGAAUUCUCUCCUCUCCUGAGGAGUGGAUACGUAGCUUGAUUCACCACGAAACUGUCCAGAAGGAUAUGAGGGUGGCCAACCUACCCAUUAGGGUAGGUGGGCAGGAGAUAAGCUCCAAGAAGGAAGGUAGGGAUUAUUGGCUGAAGAGAUAUACCGAAAUGCAUGACUUGCAGGGCACUUGCCCUUGGUUGGUUGAUAAAGCUAGUUAUAAUUGGGUGCGGAGACCUGAGGGUGUAUUCCCCAGGCUCUACAUUAGGGGUUUGAAGUUGCGUGCAGGUGUUUUGCCUUCUAAGGUUAGGUCGAGUCGGGGUGGCUCGCGUAAGGGUAGGGAGCUUCUGUGUCGGGGACACUGUGGGCACCAUGAGUCGGUCGCCCAUAUCCUACAGAAGUGUGCUAUCACCCAUGACGCCCGUUGUGCUCGUCAUAAUAGGGUAGUCAAAAGGGUUGCCGCCAUAGUGCGCAAGAAAGGUUAUCAAGCCUGGGUCGAGCCUGUUAUAGCGAAGGCAGAUAGCUUCUGUAAGCCUGAUUUGGUUAUCGCCUCCCCUAAUCAGGUGAGGCUGGUUGACGUUGCCGUAACUACUGGUGAUAGGAUGGAGGCCAUGUGGGUGGAGAAAGUCCGUAAAUACGACCACCCUGAAGUGAACGAUGGAGUGCUUCGCCUAUCUCUUCCCGAUGCGCCGAUGAAGCCCGCUGUUGUGCAUAUGCCGCUUAUCCUUACAGAACGUGGGUGCAUCUACAAGCGUUCCGCAAUUGGGCUCCGUAGGUUAGGUUUCACUGAUAGGGAUAUAUCGGACCUGUGCCUAUUGACGGUGCAGGGUUCCCUAGCGUGCUACGAUGUGUAUAUGAGGGGGACUGGGGGUAUAACGUAGGUAGGUUGUAUGUUUGUUUGUAUGUAUGUGUAUAGUAGGUUAGGAUUGUUGUUUGUAUGUUAUGUCUUUGGUAUGAAGCCAGUACUAUUGAUGGUUCCACUAAUAAUCUCCCUUUUCCAGUUGCAGAUCCCACCUUAUGAAGCGGAGACCAGAAACCGUUCGCGGGGGUGUCCGCCGAUGACUCUCCGGAUGAGAACACAAGCCUUUGCACAAGCCUAGCAGUAAUUACCAACAGCCGGAGCCGCAGGCAAAGCAAUACGCACCAGGGACGGAAGAUAAGAGAGUCAUAGUUACUCCCGCCAACCGGAAACGAAGAGUUUCUAAUGUAACCGCAGGUUCAGAUUCAACCCAUUCCACCAGACAAUCUAAAUGACUCGCAGUCAGCGAAUUCCAACGUGCCCCGCCA